UAUUACAUUAAUACGCAAUGCGCUAUAAAUAUGCACACACAUGUUGUGUUUAAAUGUUAAAACAAUAUACUAGAAGAAAAUUAUGAUAUCGCGUUACAGGCGAAAUGUGCAAAAAUAUAUUUUAUUGUUUUAAAUAUGUUUAAACCGUCGGUAACGUCAGUUCUUCGUGAGCCUUUAUCCAGAGCUUCAGAGGGUCUUUAACCCUCAGAACGUACAAUAUCGAUCUGUGGAAUUGCUAUUUCGGUAAACGUUUAAAAAUAUACAAACUUAAUUUACGUUGUUUGCUUUGAUAACGAAAUUAAUCUCGAAAAUAUUUAUUUUAUCUAUAUUGCAUUAUCUUAUUUUUUAAAAAAUCCAUAAAAUGUUCGAAUUUAAAAAGUAAAAAAAUUACCGCAAUUUCUCUUUCUUCUAAAAAUAAUUGGACGAGUUAGCAAUCCGUCACAUAAAUUUUGUGACGUUUCGUGAUGAAACACUGUCCAUUAGUGUGACACUCGUAAUAAUAGACGGACUCGAAAGAUAACGCUCGCAAAAGAUAAUCGCGUUAUCAGCGAUCCAUAAAAGAUCACAAAUUAUAUUAUCGGAUCUGUCACUGCGUGGAUAACAGUUUGUUACGUAACGAAAUGUUUGUUAUAACGAAACAAUAAAAUUGACACGUGCGAUUUUAUUGUUUUGUUAUUUGUUCAAUCUUCCUCUUCUUUCUCCCAUCUACGUAUCGCGCAAAACUUUUGCGUAUUGUCGAUAGAAAAGAAUCAAUUUGUCAAUAUGUACAUGUCUUUUCUGAAACAUAUUGUGUAAGAAUAUUUUCAAUUCUAUCGCCAAGCAACGGUUGUCUUUCAAUAUUACACAGUUACUCUCGUAAAUUAUUUCGAUGCUGUCGCGAUUCUCCUGCAAAACAAAAAUAUCAUCCGCCACCCCUCAAGGGGGUGCGGUAUCGAUAAGAGAUGUCGCCUUGGUCGCGCCACCCUUGUCAAAACUCUCUGACGUUCUACACAAGAUAGGCAAGUCUUUUUCUUAACAGAGAUAGACGUGACAGCACGUGCUACAUAUCGGAAAAGAGAGAUGAGGAUGGCGCGUUUUAACAAACUUCCCCGCGUUCUCUCUUUCUUUCGCACCCUUCAUUCGCGUCCCAUCUCGGAAUAAACGUCACGUUACAUCGCGUCACAAAAAGAUCCAUUAUGUAUUUUUUUUUCUCUUUUUACAUUUUAUUUCCGAAAUAUAAAGCUGAAUUAAUUAAGAACUCAAAUAAAGCAGCGACAUCAAUUGUCUCUCUCGAUAUUUGUCCCGACCGGCGAAUGUUCUCGGGUCAACGCGCACCAACGGUACUACCACCCCCGGUCUACAACAAAUUGCCAACUCGCUCUCUCUUUCUUUCUUUCUCUCUCUCUCUCUUUUCCCUCUCUUCUCUCUCGCCGCCGACGCGACACUUAUAGAGAAUUAAUAGCGGCUUUUAUUGCGAGUUCUCCAAGUAACUGGCGGAAUUGCCAAAAAAGUUUAAGUCGAUCUAUGACGACGACGACGCACGCGCAAACGUGCCGUUUCCAUGGCGCCGUUGCUACACGGUUAGGUAAUGCUGGAUUAGACGGUAGUACGCCGUUUGCCGACCCUCUCCGGGGUAACGCUCAGUACACCCUAAACCAUCGUCGCGGUUAGAAGACGAUCUCUCGCAUCAUCACACUCGCACGUGCGUACACACGCACACACACACAUACACAGACAGUCAGACAUAUGCACACAUGCACGCGGGCGUAAUAAUAACAUUGUGUGUCGCACACCUGUACGUCGUACGCACGUACCGGCGUCCCUCGCACCCCUUUGUGGAGCGAGAACGCGCGCGGCUGUUUAACUCGCUGUUUACGACACACACGCUCUUCUCAUCUGUCUUACCACGUUCCCGUUGCUUCGCGUACACCGAAGUCGGUCUCACCGGCCUCGCUGAAAUCCAAGCGGACUGAGUAUUUUGUUUGCUCCUCGGGGUGCAUUUGGACGCACCACCACCACAACCACCACCACCAUCACCGCCGCCGCUGCCGGCGUGGACCUUAAAAUCCAGGCUGCGUGCACGUAAUCGAGCACAGUGUCGUGGGACGAAAGUGGCGGGUGGUGUGUUUACUGUGGUGGCGGCGACGGUAUUAUCCUGACGGGACUAAGACUGGUCAGGUCAGUAACACGGGAUGCGACUAAAACCCUGCUUCGCGAGCUUCUAUCUCCUGUUGCUUUCAAUCGUCUCGAUCUUUACCAUCCCUGCGCUCGGUUCUGAUCUUGUUCGUUACAAGCGCUCGAGACAUCAUUAUUUUACAGACGACGAUGACGGCGUGGUAUCACCGAGCGCGGGAGGAGCUCUGUCCACAACGCCAAUCCCGAUCGAGGAUGGAGGAUCCGCAAACUCCGAGAACCGGCACGUUCAAAGGAACAACAAUCCCUGUCUCGAGAAGUAUUGCGGCGCGGGAAGAGAGUGCCAAGUUUCCGCGGACGGCGAGAGAAUCGUCGCGGUGUGCGUCUGCGUUCGAAGAUGCGCGCGGAGGCAUCGACCGGUCUGUGCGAGCAACGGCAGGGUGUAUGCCAAUCACUGCGAGCUGCAUCGCGCGGCCUGCAACGUCGGGACGCGGCUGACCGCGCGAAGGCUCUCCAGAUGUUUGAGCAAUGGUAAUUACAGCGCGCAGGCACGGAAGGAUUUUCUCGCGUACCACGCUCUAUCGAAGGACAAGAGUGCGCCGUACACCACCAAGACCAAGAACAAGAUGAAGCAUCAUUCGGCGGGUAAAUCGAUCCCGCAAAAAAACAGCCACGAGGAGUGUUCGGCGCAGGAAUACGAAAUUAUGAAAGAUAAUCUGCUCUUGUACAGUCACGCCAGAUUAAUGGCCGAGGAUAAUCACAGCAAGGAGUAUUUGGUCAGCAUCAUGUUUUCUCAUUAUGACAGAAACAAUGACGGUAAUCUGGAACGGGAGGAACUCGAACAGAUCGCCAAGGAGGAAAACAUGGAGGAACUGUGCGCCGGAUGUAAUCUUAGCCACAUGAUCAGCUACGAUGACACCGACGGCGAUGGAAGAUUGAACGUUAACGAGUUCUACAUGGCCUUCAGCAAGCUUUACAGUGUAUCGGUGGUGUCGUUGGACAAAUCCCUCGAAGUGAAUCACAUAUCCGCGCGAGUCGGGGACAACGUGGAGAUUAAGUGCGACGUCACCGGAACGCCACCCCCACCCUUGAUCUGGCGACGUUACGGCAUCGACGUGGAAACCCUGAGCGAGCCGGAGAUUCGCGUUUUCAACGACGGCAGUCUCUACCUGUCGAACUUGCAGCUCGAACACGCCGGCAAUUACACGUGCCACGCUCUCAGAAAUCAAGAUGUGGUGCAGACUCACAUGCUCACUAUAUACACCGUGCCCGAGGUCAGGGUAACACCGCAAUUUCAAUCCAAACGGCCGAAGGGGAUCGCGAGAAUGAGGUGCCACGUGGUGGGCGAACCUCUCCCUCGGGUUCGAUGGCUAAAGAAUGAUAAGCCCCUGAGCGAGGAUCAACCGGAUAAGUACGAGGUGAUCGGGAACGGUACCAAACUGCUAAUCAGGAAAGUCGAUUAUGCCGAUACCGGGGCGUACAUGUGCGAAGCGACCAGCAUCGGAGGCCUUACAAGAGACAUCAGCAGUCUUGUGAUCCAAGAAGAACCUACACCGAUCGCAACGGACGAAGAGCGCAGAUUCUUUUCCUUUCACGAAUGGGGUAUUUUGGUGUACGAACCCUCCACGUGUCACGCGUUACACGAAAUUCAAUCCACGGACAUAAUACCCGGCACCCAGGAAUAUGUCUGCGGGCCGAAAAACGUUCCGUGCUCCUGGGGACGAGCCAUAAACGUUGCCAACACGUACGUGUACGUCAGUCAACCGGACAAGGAUCGGGUGCUGGUAAUCAGCGAGGCGCAGAUGAUGAUUAUCGACGUGGUGGCCACGGACAAAAAUCCCGUGGAUUUGUGGUACUUGCCGAGCCUCGACUACGUCUGGGUGUUGAACUGGAGAAGCGAGAUGGACGUCGGUAUCAAGACCGUGCAAAUCAUCAAGGAAGCUGCCCAACGAAAGAAGCACCACACCAUGCGACCCGAGCCCAUCGACGCGCAAUUCGAUCUCGUUAAGGGCUUGUUCAUCCCCCAGCAGCGAGACACGAAGCACACGUUCAAAUAUGGUUACGUGACGCACACGAAUCAGCACGGAAUGUACAAGCUCGAUCUGACCAAUAUGAGAUACACCCGGACCGUGAAUCUGGCCAGCUACAACUGCGUACCGGCAAGCGUGGAAUUUUCCGAUCUUUACGGUUUUGUGAUACUGGAAUGCGAGGAACCGAUCACCGGACGUCCGACCGGCCAAGUGCUGUUGGAUUAUCUCACUGACAGCGUUCUCGCCCAUAAAGCGAACAUCCUGGGAAAACCGGCAAUUUCCCCCGAUUCCAGAUAUCUGGUUACCCUCGACAAACAGGACACCGGCGUCACUCUCGUGGUGCAGGAGAUACUGCCGAACGGAUUGAAAUUCGCAUUUGACGUGAAAACGACCUUAAACAUCAGCGACAUCGCCUUCUAUCCGUCGCAAACGACGCACAGCUACGACAUAUACGCUUCGUCGACGGACAAAGAGGACAUUCUAUUUCUGGACUUAACCACCGGUAAAGUGGAAAUGAUAACAGGCGUGGGAAAGGCUACACCGCCGCAUCUAACCAAGUGGGGUAACCCGAAUAGACCGAUAAUACAAAGCGGUAUAUUUGGUCGAUACAUGGUAAGCCCUUCCAACCAGGCGCUCUUUGUUCUCAACGGGGAAACCCGCACGGUGAAUUGCGAGAUUGGUGGCCUUAUACAUCCCGGCGCGAUUGUCUGGUUCACUGUUUCGCUGCGUUAACGAAUGUAGCUUUGCAACGACGACAAUAUGAGAGAGAGAGAGAGAGAGAGAGAGAGAGAGAGAGGAAUGACGUACGUAUAUAAAUUGUGAACAUACAGAAGGGUCCGAGGAUGCGGAUGUAUACAAUAUAUCGGAGUGUCGAGCAACUUCAGACGAAAAUUUAAAAAGACACACGUUAGAGAUAAAGCACGGCGCUACUUCGGAGGAAGCUCUCUCGUCUUUGCGAGUAGUUAUUUUCAGAAUUGAUACCGGACGUUUGCGCGCAACUGCUCGCUGUGAAGGAAAACAGCGACGAGAUUAAUCGAAACAUCGAAGCGCAAAUAGAAAAGGAGAUAGAAAUUAUUUGCACAAGAAGUGAGAAAUAAUAAUAUUUUUCAAUUCUCGAUUUCGAAGACCAACGAUUUGUGAGAUUUUACGAAGACAGUUGUUACAUCGCGCUUCAAAACGUCUCUUUUAUAUCGGAACAUUUUUUCUAAAUACGGACGUAUUAGUAAGUUUAAUUAAUUAAAAUUGCCGUAAUUUCUUACAAUUGUCCCAACUUUUCGAAAGACGAUCAAUUUUUUGGUGUAAAUUAUAACAAAUUGUUCCGAAUGUAAAAUAUAUGCCAUAUAAAUUGUUACCAGUACAUAUCACUCGUUAACUGCCAACUUGUUGAAUAUCACUACUAACGUUGUUUUCUUGUUUACGCGAGCAGUUGUACAAAAAUUAUCCACGAAUAUGAGUUGAAACAAGUUGUGAUAUUUACACUGAAAUCGAAUUUCAAUUGAAUAAGCAAACGCUUGACGAUUAUUUCCUCCGUGUUUAUUCAGACGCGCGCAUGCGAUAUAAAAACAGAAACCAUUAAUAAUUGAUAUAAACUAUUUUUUUCUGUGUUGUGUCUGCACACGAUCGGAAAUUCAAUCUCAGCUUUCUUCUUUCGCAAAAUUACUACAAAAAAUUUAAAGAAUAUAAUAAAAACACACAGUUCUGAAAAUAUCUAACUUAAGACAAAGGCUUUGCAUUAUAUAUACAUAUAUCAUUGAGCGCGCGUCUCAAGAGCGAUAAAAAACGAUAAAAAAAUAAAAAAAAAAUAAAUAAAUAAACGACAAAAAGAUGGCCGUAAUAAUGAAGCCAGGGAAGAGUUUAACGAUAAGCUAAUACGUAAUUUAAAUAUAA